CUAUGGGACUGUAUUGUUUUCAUGUUUUCAUUCAAUAUAAGGCAUGCAACAAGUGGUGUAUUCAUGGUGAAUUACGAUUUUUUUCAGGAUUUAGUACCUACUUCUCAAUAAUUUAAUUUCAGUUUAACAAUUCGUACGAAUGCUCGGAAGCUGACGACAGGGGUGAGAAAAUUAGCCAUUGUUUGGCAGCAUCGAGGUGAGUUCAGUCGUUAUUUGUGGUUUCAAUUUGGCACUAGAAUAUUCAAGUGGAGAUGGUAGUACACAGAGAUACAAAUGCAUACAGGCAAACAGAUAUAGUAACAUUCAUAUUCUAUGGAAGCUGGAUCUUUGUCAACAACUAUUUGUGAUGAAAUCAAGAUUAGGUAAUUAGUUUUUCUUGAAUCCCACUCGGAUACACUAAAUCAAAGUGAUGGAUUUGGAGACAGCCCAACCAACGGCUCCAGAAAUCAGUGAUGCAAAAACUCUGGAAAAAUCAUCCUCUACUACUCUUGCUAGUAGGUAUGGUCGCACAAGAAAACCAAAUGUAUCACCUGACUUUGUGGCCCUCGGCAAAAAUGUUAGAAACUCCCUCUCACCCAGCACUUGUGCAAGCGUUACAAACGGUGAAGCUCCUGACCCAUCAAAGCAACAGCCGGUCUCGCAAAAGCGAGCAAACACUUCAUCUAACAGGCUUCCCGAUUCUGAAACUCCUGGAAUGGUGGGAAAUGGUGAAAUUUCCAUCAAGACUCCUGAAAGCUCAUCAAAGGCUGGGAACCAUAGAGAUAGCAUGAAAGCUCAAGACACCAAAAUCAAAGCAACACCAUCUGUGACGACUCCAGCCAGUGCAUCACCAACACCUACAACUCCAUCAAGUUCAAUAAUGCCUGGCUGCGAAUUUGUUGGAAAUGCGGAUAAAGAGUGGGCCAUUGGUGACAUCGCUUGGGGUGGAAUGGGCAAGUUCCCCUACUGGCCCUGCAUCAUAAUGAACGAUCCUCUUUCCAAAACACACGUCUGUGAAAAAAGUAAAGGGAGAAGCACAUCUAAGUGUUAUUUCCUUCAGUUCUGUGGUGAUAAUGGAAGACACAGCUGGCUCCCUGCGAAAAAUUUAUUAGAAUUCAUCAACAAGCAGCAGUUCUUCGAUUUGCAGUCGAAAGUGCUCCAAGACCCUCGAAAAAAAGCAACAUUUGCGGUAAAAUUCACACUGAGAUCUCACUCCAAAGACAGUUGGGAAAAUGCUGUCACAGAAGCUGAACAUUUGAUGUCCUUAGGAAGCGCUGACAGAGUAAUGCACUUCCAACUACUGUACCCCAUAGAGGUCCAAAGAACAAAAAAAGAUCUAAUUAAACUGCUCAUGGAAGAAGAAGUUCCGUCUAGUAAUCAGAAAUCACAGCCUAAAAUCUCUGCAGCUUCUCCUGAACCAUCUGUAAGUGUACAGGAUUCGUUAUCAGCACCCAAGAAGCAAGAGGAUAAAGUCAAAAGAGCUGACCAGAAAAAGGAAAUUCCUUUGAAUUCAAAAUCUAUUCAAAAGAAGCAAGAACUUGGGUCUAAUGAGGAGAGCUCUGAAGCAGAGAUGAAUGAAGAAGUUGAAUCAGUCCCUAUGGUAAAAAGGCAGAAAAGUCCGGUGAAAAAACCAAAGAAGAAGAGGAAACAAGAGUUUGGACCGGACUUUGACUUGUAUUAUUCCAAAACUUUUGAUCGCUUAGCGGAUGAACAUCCUGAGCUAAAAGAUGAGGAUAUCGAGAAAUAUCUGAGAAAAGUCUGGCUGGCAAUGAAUGACACUCAAAAGCUCAAGUACCAACCGCGUUUCGUGAAGGAAGUUUCUUAGGAGGAAGAAAGAGAAAGGAUAGCAAAUGAUGAGGAAGGCGACCCCUGCCUGAAACUAGCGAGCA